UCGCUCGUCGUUCCAAAGUGGUGGAGGAGAAGCAGGGAUCCGGCCUAUAAAACGCCCCUGGAUUCUCGUCUUCUCCUGGCCUCCGCCUCCGACGAUACAGCGACGACCUCUCUCUCCGAACCCCGAUCCCACUCCCUCCGCGCUCCCUUCCCUUCGUCGAGAAAUAUGAGUGGACAAGAGGGAAAAGUUGCAACUCCAAAGCUGAAUGAAAGGAUAUUGUCAUCAUUGUCCAAGAGAACAGUGGCUGCCCAUCCUUGGCAUGAUCUUGAAAUAGGUAAAGAGGCCCCUGCUGUGUUCAAUGUGGUUGUGGAGAUAUCAAAAGGAAGCAAAGUCAAAUAUGAACUUGACAAAAAAACAGGGCUGAUCAAGGUCGAUCGGGUCUUGUACUCAUCAGUGGUGUACCCUCAUAACUAUGGUUUCAUUCCUCGUACACUUUGCGAAGACAAUGACCCAAUGGAUGUUUUGGUCCUCAUGCAGGAACCAGUUAUUCCUGGGUGCUUUUUACGAGCCAAGGCCAUUGGUCUUAUGCCUAUGAUUGAUCAGGGGGAGCAAGAUGAUAAGAUCAUUGCAGUUUGUGCUGACGAUCCUGAGUUCCGUCACAUCAACGACCUUAGCGAGUUAUCUCCCCAUCGUCUUGCAGAGAUAAAGAGCUUCUUUGAAGACUAUAAGAAAAAUGAGAAGAAAAUGGUCGCAGUAGAUAAAUUCUUGCCUGCAAGCAGUGCUCAGAAAGCCAUCCGAACCUCAAUGGAUCUCUAUGUUGAAUAUCUACAUCAAAGCUCGAUGCAGUAGAUUGGCUGCACAAUUUUAAUAGUUGCUAUAUAGAAAUACCAAGGCAGAGGAACAAAUGGUUCUUGAUUAAGUUGGCAAGUAUUGUGGCAUCUACUAUGCCUAUUUAUCUAAAUAAAGUUUGCAAAUCCUUUUUUUUCCUUGCUUUUGAUUUAAUUGAAUGUAUUGUCCUGAGAUACCUCCGGACUUCGAGCAUUUAUUCUUUGUUUAUUUAAUGUUGUAUCAUGUUAGAAGGAUAAGAUACCCAUCUCCAUAUUUAUUUGUAAUCCCCUUCUUUUGUAUGUGCAACUUUUAUUGUUGGA